AUGUCUUCCCCAAGUGAGACAAAGCCAUGCGACUCAAAGGCGAAAGACGCAGAGUACCAAGCCCUCUGGCAAUGCUGCGAUCGCACCGCUCGCAAAGCAGUCUACUUUGCUGCCACCAAUAAAGAAAUGAAACGAGCUGUCCUCAACGAAGCAUGUCAAGAGCUCAUGGACAGGAGACGCGAGCAAGGCAAGACCCUAUGCGGAACAAAGAUCCAGACUAUGGUCGACCUCCAUCUUCAACGGGAGCUUAACAAUCGCCUCCUUGCGGAGGCUCGUCUCAGCCACCAGCCCUCGCCUUCCCCAAACCUCAUGGCCUACCAAGGCAACUCGGGUCCAUUCCUAGUAAACUCGGUUCCUAUGCAUGCGGCUUCGAAUUCGUUCACCGUCUUUCCGCCGCCGCAGCAGCAGCCGCCGCAACAGUCUUCCCCUAUUUUGAACUUUUCGCCGUACGGCGAAAACAAUGCUCUCGGCCAUGAGCCUAUGCGCCAGCAACCCACCAUUGCGACGCUGAUCAACACACUAGGAGUUUACAAUGCAAGAAUCUGCGAGCUCGAUGCAAAAGUACGGCAGCUUGAUGCAGUAGUAUCACGCCUUGAAAGCAAGAAAGGACUUGAGCAGGAGCAUGACCGCGCCAGAACCAUGGCCUAUGGACCCCAGCCCAUGUUUUACCACCCAUCUGAGUAUCCGGCCGACUGUAAGAGAGGUCCCGAACAAGAACAUGAUCGUGCAAGUGCUGCGACCUACGGACCCUUGCCCAUGCUCUACCGCGGCUCCGAGUAUCCGGUCGAGGGCAUCGAGGGCCUCAAUGGCAGUGGUGGCAUCGCUUAUGCGCAGCAGAGACCUCUGACGCCUAGCAGCCAGACGAACGGGAAAGACGGGGAUGACAGCCACCGAGGUAUUGGUCUUUGA